UGAACGGAUGCAUUGAUGGCUUCUCGCGAUAUAUUGUCUGGAUGCACGCAAAUUUCACUAACAGCAAACCGGAAGUUAUUGCAGCUUAUUACAUUGGUGCUGUUAGUGAACAUGGGGGUUGUCCAAAAAUAAUCAGAUCUGAUCUUGGUACAGAGAAUGUACACGUCAACAGAUUGCAGAACUUUUUGCGUGAAGAUGACAAUGGCACAACUCAUGGACCAUGUGUGCUUCAAGGAAGAAGUACUGCAAAUCAAAGAAUUGAAAGCUGGUGGGGACAGUAUCGGAGACAGAAUGCAGACUACUGGAGAGAUUUGUUCCAGGAGUUCCAGUCAGUUGGCGACUUCAAUGGCGAUAUAGUCGACAAAGGUCUUAUCCAGUUCUGCUUUCUUGAUGUCAUACAGAAGGAGCUAGACACUGUGGUGAGAAUGUGGAACAGACAUCGGAUCCGGCCUGGAGGCAAUGGACGUGAUUUGUAUCAUGGAAAACCGUUCCUCAUGUUUCAUAUGCCACAGCUUUACCAAGCACAGGACCACCUCCAGCCAGUGGACUAUGACAGACUUAACGUCAUCCUAGAAGAGGAUGUUUGCCUUUGGAAAACUGACAUUGUCUGUGAUCCAGACCUUCAUGAGCUCUGUGUCUUGAUCAUGGAAGAACAUAACCUUGAGGCUGGCCAUAAUGCUGCUGAGGCAACCAGACUCUACAGACAGCUGAGGCCCUUGAUAAGAGCACUUUUGUCUGAGUCAGCGGAAUCUUUGCCUGGCUAUAUAACUGUCUCACAGCAGUCUUAGCUUGCAACACAAUCUUCAGUAAUUACUCACUCACUCACUCACUCACUCACUCACUCACUCACUCACUCACUCACUCACUCACUCACCUCACCUCACCUCACCUCACCUCACCUCACCUCACCUCACCUACCCACCCACCCACCAUACCAUAGGACCAUACAUCUGUGUGUAUUAAGUUUAUCUAAAAAGGUCAAACCACCACAAGGUCAUGUUUUGUACCUUGCAUUCAAUAAAAAUAUGAACACUG